UUCCACGAUGUUUCACUUUGUUUAGAAGAUUCUCAAGAAUAAAUAACUUGAUAUCAUCAUAAUUGUUUUAUUGAUUCAAAACUUCAUAAACCUCUUUUUUGUUGAAAACAUGUGGAAAACAGUUUUAGACCAAAUAUUUCAUCAAAGACAAAAUCAGCAAAUGCAUCGAUAAAUAUUAUAGGACGGAGUGAGACCUCCUCCACGCACACACACGCGCAAGCGCACACACUUUGUACGUUGGUGUUUUCUGCUCCACUUCGUUGGUUCCGAGUCGGCUUGUUUCCGCCCGGUGACGAGACGCUGACGGACCGCAGCAGUAUGGCGGCGGAGGGUUCCGCAGAGGAGACGACGAGAGAAGAAGUGAAGGAGAAACGACAGAUGAUUCACGGGGCAGCGUUCCUCACCACGGUGGCGUCCGCCGGGCUGGUCGCGGGGUUCGGCUCCACGCUGGCGCUGGUCAAGAGAAAAAACCCCGACUGGUUUAAUAAGGGGGCGGUGCCGGCGGCGGCGGUGCCGGAGAGCGGGGCGGCGCUCGCCCUGCGAGCUCUGGGGUGGGGGUCUCUGUUCGCCUGGUGUGGAGUCGGCCUGCUCAGCGUCGCCGUCUGGAAAGUUCUCGAUGUUCACUCUCUGUCAGAGUUCAGACUGAAGAUGCAGUCCGUCUUCCCCUCCAUCCCAAAGUCGGCCGAGGCCACAGCUGGAUCUGAACCUCUGGACUGGGACUCUGUCUUCAAGUCAAAGUGACGUCGUCCAAUCAAAUGAGACUCAGCAGCUGUUUGUCAUCGUUUUCUCUGGAGGCAGCAGAGUCUGAGACUCCGCUGGACCAGUUAAGUCCUGGUCCUGGUUCCAGUCUGGUUCUGGUUGAAGAUGUUGGAGCUCCACCCACUCCACAUCGAAUGUUAAAAUAAUGGUAAACUGCAAAUAACGAUGGAUGGUCAUAAACCCCUCCUCCUCCAUGUUGGCAGAUGGGACAUGGACCAAACUAGACGUGGUUUCUGUCGUUUAAAGUCGUACUUAUCACACCGAUGUUUGUUCAGCGAUGUCAUCACCACAAGAUGGCAGCGAUGUAAAGUUGUGUUCACUUACACCCCCCAGCUUGGGAAAAAUGGUUUAAGCCAAGUCUUUAGCAGUCGAUGGGAACUAACAAUACUGAAAAUGGCCAAAUGGCUCAGAAUCACGUGAAAUUGAUGAAUGAGAUGAAACGUUGGCAUGUUUAGUUCACUAGUUUAAAUAAAUCGGAUAUUUGUGAAGUGU